GUGUGACAACUCGUAAACUCAGUCGUUAGCCCGCAGGUGCUUUACGAUGCUGCACUCGUAGGAGUACCAGAUCUGUCCGACUUCGGUUAUCUGCAGUGUAGCCUGAUCUUCAACUGGAACAGCUAUCCCGUCUACCUGGGAACCGAGCUGUAUCACAGAGACAGAUGUCUAAUUCUCCCAGGUUCCUAGGCUAGCAGACGUAAAGGCGGUGCGGAAGCUCUUUUGUGGGUUAUACUAUGGGAAAAAAGCGAGCCACUUAACCUAUGGUCUGAAGUCUUCUCAUCUCAAUGUCUAGGACAUAGUGGACUCGAUAGGAGCAAUCAUCCUAUAUUGGUAACACAAUCUCUCCCGGGCGCUGACUGUGCCUACCAGGAAGGAAGUUGCUAAUACCUGAGUGAACAUAAUUCUACGUCUACGUCUCCCUAGGGCUAUCAUUAUCAUUAUAGGUGGCUAACGUAGCCGCAUUCUGGCCCAAGUUGGAUUUUUUUAUAAGAUCAUAUCAAGAUCCGGAUCUCUUGGGUUGCAAUUUGAUCAUCAAUCGAUCAGACAGAUCAGCCAGCCACUCGAUCGUUCGGAGAUCUCUAUAUGACCUAUCAGAAAACAUCAGCCUAUCCUUGUGGAGCUACGCUUGUCUAAGAUGCCUUCCUCGAAACCCAAGCCAUCUGAAGUUGCCGCCGAGACGAAGCGUCACUACAUACCGAUCAUAAAAUCAGAAUAUGCACAAGCAUGGCCAACGCACUCUUACCUUUUCCAGCAGCCCCUUCAACAGAUUCCCAUGCAGAAUUCCGUCAGUGGCGUUGCUCCAUCACCACCCGAGUUUUAUAUCGCCUCUGGAGACCCAGUCGAUUUUACGAUCAACUGGAAGCUCAAAGUCGACCUUAGGAUACCGUUUAUAUGUGCGGCAAACGACAAGAGGCCCGGCGGAGAUUGGGAGACCGGAGUAGUCGGCUACGAAGAGCGCCUCUGCCGGCGCAGCACCCUCUCCGCCACCCUCAGCACGCCGGGCCCGGGCUCGCAAGUCGACAACAACUACCCGAUCCCGUCGGAAGGGGGCAUCUACUCGGAGGCCGUCGUCGUCUUCCGGGGGCCGCACGACCAAUAUAAAAAGCUCGAGCAGUGGCACGACCUGCCGGUCGUCAGCAUGCCGGCGGCGCGGUGGCCGAAGCUGUCGCACGGCGGGGCCAAGUACGCGUUCCCGCUGGAGCGCGAGAUGGUGCGGAACAAGAUCCGCGCGGCGCUGCGCAUCUGCGCCUUCUACGAGCACCGCGCCGUCGUCAUCGGCGACUUCGGCCUGGGAAACGGCCACCGCAACCCGCCCCAGGAGCUCGCCGAGCUGUGGCGCGACGUCUUCCUCUACGACCCGGACAUCCGCGGCCGUUUCGACUACGUCGCCUUCGUCUUCGAGGACCAGUACCAGAGCACCGCCCGGCUGAUCCUCGACGACAUCGCCAAGAAGAGCAAGGGGAGCAGUAGCGGUAGCAGCAGCGGCCACCAUCACGGCUCCAAGGGAAAGUCCCGCGCCUCUGCGAGCUCGAGCUCGGGAUCUGGGAGCGGCUCGGGAGCCCCGCCGACCGACUUCGAGAUAUUCUCGCGCGUCUUCGAUGCCGGCGAGAUCCAGAGCGUGCUGAGCCGGCCUGAUCCCAGGUACGACAUCUCCAUGCUGACGUCGUGAUGGGUCCGAGGUGGACCUAGGUAGGGGUUCGCGGUGCCGAGAAACGUUGGGUUCUCGUACGCCAUUACACAGCGUCGAGUCGUCAUACGGUCCCAUGUGGGCGGAAUCGACCCGGCGAUCCGGUCGGGUAUGGGGGUGGGUAGCAGUGUUGUCUUCUCCUUUCUUCGUUCCUAGAUUGAUUACAUCCUAUAGGCUAAAGGGUUCGUCGAGGGUUCGUCAAGGUUUCAGGGGUGAGGUGCGUGGUAGAAAAAAAUUCGGACAAAGGGUUGGGAGACGCGUUGCUUUCCCGUGUACUCUAAUAACUCAGUUUAUAUUGAUUUAUUGAUCACGCAAUAACAUAGGUACCAC